AUGUUGCCCCCAUCUCAUCCCUUUGGCAUGUACCCCCAUAUGCUUCCUACUCCUCCCCCCUCUCCACCUGUCACUCGCUGCUAUGCCCCGGAAGACCGUUUAGGAUGGCUCCUGGCCAAUCGCCUCGAGCUCACUAGCAUCCUGGGAGUCGGCGCUUAUGGUGUUGUAUACACGGCCGUCGACAUUCAUACCGAUGCCCUGUAUGCUGUCAAGGCCCUCAACAAAUCUGGACUUGAUCCCCGGCAGCUCAAGUUCCAGCAACGCGAGAUCAAGCUCCACCAUCUGGCCAGUCAACAUCCCAACGUGGUUUCCUUGGUUCGCAUUAUGGAUUCCGUCGAUUGCACCUAUGUAGUCAUCGAAUUCUGCCCCGAGGGUGAUUUGUUUUCCAGCAUCACUGACAAAGGUCAGUUUGUGGGUAAUGAUCCUCUGGUCAAGCGCGUGUACCUGCAAAUCCUGGAUGCUGUCAACUACUGCCACUCCCUGGGAAUCUAUCAUCGGGAUCUGAAGCCGGAAAAUAUCUUGGUCUCCGACCAGGGAUUGACUGUCAAACUAGCCGAUUUUGGCUUGGCUACUACAGAUUACCUCACCUCUGAUUUUGGUUGUGGUUCCACGUUCUACAUGUCGCCAGAAUGCCAGCAAUCGAACCCUCGACCGAUGUCGUGCUACCAGUCCGCUCCCAAUGAUGUCUGGAGUCUUGGGGUCAUUCUGGUAAACCUGACUUGUGGCCGAAACCCCUGGAAACGUGCCUCCAUUGAGGAUUCCACGUUCCGGGCUUAUCUGAAGGAUCCUUACUUCCUCAAGUCCAUUCUGCCUCUGUCGGAUGAGAUGAUCUGUAUCCUAAGCCGCAUCUUUGAGCUUGAUCCGUCCAAAAGGAUCACUAUUCCUGAGCUCCGCCAACUCAUCCUGGACUGCCCACGCUUCACUCUGAACCCCAUGACUCCAUGGGGCUCAACUGCUGGACCGCUCCCCGUUGGCUAUGUCACCUGCCCACAGGUUCCCGUUUCUCUUCCCGAGGAUGUCCUGGACACGCAGUCCUCUAGUUGCUCCUCGGACUCGUCUCAGUAUUCUGAUUCUCUGGUCUCAGCUGUGUCCGAUGCUUCCUCCUUUACGGAAGGCUACCCAGACAUGGAUAGCCUGCCUUCUUUGGGGAUCGAGCCUGAAACACUCUGCAAAGAUGACUUCCCGCAGCCAGACUCCAUCGCAUGUAGUGAUAUGCCGGAGCCUCUCGUGGUUUGUCAUCACCCAUUUGUUUACUCCAUCCCCGUCUGCUGA